AUGUCUAUUCAUAGCAUCUCAGUGAUGCCAAACAGGGACACAGGCGGCGCGUUAGCGGGCCAAAGAGGCUGGACCCACGAACUGAGCGGUAACACGAAGAGUUACCUGAUGAAUAUGCACGGGCAGGCGCUCGCACAGAAAGUCAUGCCGUCGGGUUGCGGAAGCUCAGACUUCCCUCUCCCUGGCUACUUCAUCCAACUUAUCUUGGCCGAUCCCAAGGCAUUCCCAGGCAAGCGGAGAGACAUAGUUGCUCUAAAGUGUCCUGGGUCUUCCCCCAGUCAGAUGUCCCCCAAACACCUCCCCAGGGAGUUUUUCCAGGAGACAUCCACACCAGAUGCCCGAGCCACCUCAUUAGGCUCCUCUCAAAGUGGAGGAGCAAUGGUUCUACUCUUCUUUCUCCCAAAUAGAAGUGCUUCUCACUUUAUCUCGAAUUCCCAAGACACAGAGGAUAACCAGUCAACCCAGAUUUCAUUGUGUGUGUUGCCAGUACGCCGUGACACACUGACCAUGAUGUUGUACAGUUGGCUGCAGACAUCAAGUCACUGGCUGCUUUGUGAGCAAUUGUUCAGGCUCAACUGGAACUUUUGUGACCUGCUUUGUUCUGGUGAUCAUCAGAAAGAAUAACAGCGGCUCUGAGGCAAAUAGAGGCUCAUUGUGGUCGCUCAGCUCCCGAACUUGUACAUCAUUGU